AUGUUCUCUCCGUCCGUCGCUUCUUCAUACGCUCGAGUCCUGCGCUCGACCCUCAAGUCAUCCAUCAAGUCAUUCUCCACAUCACAGCCCACACUAAGCACCGCUAGCUCAACCAACCCCAACUUCGUAAAGAUAGUCGAAGUCGGGCCUCGCGACGGUCUCCAGAAUGAACCCAGGCCAAUUCCACCUCCCAUCAAAGCAGAACUCAUCAAUCAACUCGCUACCGCAGGGAUGCGCAACAUCGAAGCCGGUAGCUUCGUGAGCCCCAAAUGGGUACCCCAGGCACGCACGCAGAUGGCAGGCACGGCAGAGGUACUAGCUCUCAUAGACAGUUUCCCGAAAACCGGCUACUCGGUGCUCGUCCCAAAUCAGAAGGGGUUAGACGACCUCUUAGAUAUACUCAAGACUAGUGCCUCUCCAAACUCACAUGCAAAGCCCCCACCGCCGGUCACCGAAGUCGCGAUCUUUACUUCUGCGACAGACGCAUUCUCUCUAGCAAACACCAACGUCCCUAUCUCAACCUCCCUCGAACGUCUCGCGCCGGUUGCGCGCAGAGCGCUUGAUGCUGGAUUGAAGGUGCGAGGGUAUGUUUCAGUGGUCGUCACAUGCCCCUUUUCUGGACGCGUGGAUCCGAGGCGGGUCAGGGAUAUUUCGAGGGAGCUCGUGCAGAUGGGGUGCUAUGAGGUGAGCUUGGGAGAUACGACAGGUGCAGGGACGCCCGCUAGCGUCCGUGGGAUGCUAGAGGAAGUUGCCAAAGAAGUAGACGUGGGGAUCCUCGCUGGACAUUUUCACGAUACGAAUGGCACAGCGACCGCCAAUAUCAUGGCUGCUCUUGACUUUGGGUUGCGGACAUUUGAUGCGUCUGUUGGUGGCCUUGGAGGGUGCCCGUAUAGUCCUGGCGCCACGGGUAAUGUUGCAACGGAAGAUGUUGUCUAUGCUCUCACUGGGGAUAAGUUAUUUGGCGACAUUGGUGAACCAUACGUCCGGCUCGCAGAAAUCGGGGGGUGGAUUUCUGGGAUACUAGGGCGAGAGACUACAAGUCGUGCUGGCAAAGCCCUGUUGGCGAGACGGAAGAGAGAAGAGGAACGUAAACGGAAGGAAGGAGCAAAGUUGUGA